AGUCGGCCAAUAUUAACCCAAAAUUAGUGUUACUCUCUCACUGUUAAACACAACCGCUCUCUCUUCCGUUGGACAAUGUCCCAAAGGAAAAAAGAACGAGGAGCGAUCCUCCGACGCAGGACGAAGCGUGAUGAUCUCCCAGACGAAAUCGUGUUGGAAAUCUUAGCAAGGUUACCUGUGAAAUCUCUCCUAAGAUUCAGGUGCGUUUGCAAACCCUGGUACUCUUCCAUAGCCAAACCCAGUUUCAUCUCCACCCACCAUCUUAAUCACAGUCAUCACGGUUAUGUCAUACACAUUCCUAGGAAUAUUCCCGCACCUUCUUCUUCUCUCGCUCGCGACGGCGCAUUUGAAACGAUACCCGAGUUUAGAGUUCCCUUCACUUUUCAAUCUCAGUUUUCCCGCUUUGUGGGUUCAUGUAAUGGCUUGUUGUGUUUCACUGGUCAUGGAUCAAAGUUUAAUGAUGUUUACUUGUGGAACCCCAGUAUUAGAAAAUUUAAGAGGUUGCCCAAUAACCAGUUUCCUCUUCUGACAUUCGGAAUUGGGUAUGAUUCCCAGAAUAAUGACUUCAAGCUUGUUGGAAUUUCACAGGCUUUUGCCAAUCCUAAGCCUCCCCCUGAGGCUGAGGUGUUCUCGUUGAGCUCGGAUUCAUGGAAAAGAGUUGAACUUGGAAUCUCGUUGAGACCCAAUCUUGUGUACUGCAAUUUUAUUGAUUAUUUGCCAUCACCAUUUGUUAGUGGACGUUUGCAUUGGAUGUUUAAAUUUUUAGAUGAUGGAGGUGGGCAAGGGAGGCGUUGUGCUGAUUUGCUUUUGUCAUUUGAUGUCAGUAGUGAGAAAUUCAAUGAGGUACCUCUGCCUAAUGAAGGAAGUUGUUUUACUAGAUGUGUUACAUCAUUCAAGGGGAAGCUGGCUUUGAUUGAAAUUAGAAGUGGUGCCCAACCAUAUAGCACGCUAUGCUCCAUUUGGGUGAUGAGAGAGUAUGGUGUGAUUGAUUCCUGGAAUAAACUUCGUGUUCUAUCAAUUGAAAAUCUUCAUGAUUUCAUUGGUUUCACCGAGUAUGGCUUACAUCUAGUUCAAAAAGGGCCUCGGCUGGUCUCUACCAAUAGCAAAUUAAAGAGGAAACGUAAGUAUGUUUUAAUUGACCCCAAAACUCUACAUGAGAAGGAGAUUAGCACUCAAGCUGAUUAUCGUUUAGAAGUAGCAACUUACAUGGAGAACCUUGCUUUACUAGAUGGAAGAAAUGUGGUAUCUUACUAAGAAGAUGGUGCUAUGUGUAUAAGAAGUGAUGUCAUUACAGGUUUCUAAAGUCAUCAAGUUUGAGGAGGGUCAUGGUUCUCGUAUUCGCUUUUGGCUUGAUCCAUGGUGUUGGAAGGUGAUCCUUAAGGAGGUCUUUCCAGCACCAUUUCAAAUGUCCUGAAAUAAGGAGACUUACAUGGUAGUCUACAUGUGUUGUUAUAACAAAGUUAUUUAUUGGGACAUUCUCUUUACCGGAUCAGUCCAUGAUUGGGAGAUGGAGAUUUUACAAUAUUUUCUUGUCCUUCUCUAUUCCCAUAUAAAAUUAGUAGGGUUAGGGAUGACUGGAUUUGUUUGACUCAUGCUAGGAGUAGUAUUUUUGAAGUUAAGUCCUACUGUAAGGCUCUUCUACAACUUACACGGAGAAUGUCCACUGUUUUUUCAAACUUGAAAACGACAAAAGUAGUAAGCAACAGGGUAUUUUUUAUGCUUGUGCCCUACUAGCUGGCAGGAAUAUUUAGUAUUAUUGCACCUAAAUGUGUUUGCUUCAUUCUUUAUGCUUCCAGAAAGCAGAAUAGGUUAAAGAAAUGAAGAGGCCUGUAUUG